AUUUAAGCCUCAAUUCCAAGGCACUGGAAGCUUCUUAUAACUAACUCUGUCUUCUGCCCCAGACUGGGGAAGAGUCUAAGAAAGCUGAGAAAAGGUCAAGGUGGCACCUAGCAGCUGUUGGGACCCACCCCACCUUCCCUGGGAACCCCUGCCUGGGUGGAGAUAUCGUGUUACCUAGUGCCUAGGAGAAAGCGGCCUCGGGUCAUUGUUUUUGUUAGGAUUCCAGCUCUGCCAUCUCCUCACUCUGAGCCACUUGGCCUUGGUUUUCUCAUCGGUAAAAUAGGAGUCACACCAGUGCCUGUCUCAGGACUCACGAAUAUUAACUUUGGUCACCCACGCGUGCCCCCUGGGCAUGGGUUAUUAUUUUUGUUAUUGAUGAUGCUGUCUCCACUCCCCCUCCUCCCAGCUGCUCUGACCCAUGGGUCCACUUGGCUGGGCCAAGACACAAUGUCCCUGGCGCCAUUAUCUCCUUGGGGUGCUGCUGCAGCUGCUUUUGGCGGUGUGCUUCUCCUACCUGCAGUGUCCCACAAGCCCAUGCGGUCCCCUAGGUCGACAAUGGGCUCUCCCAUCAUGGCUCCCAAAGGGUGCGCAGGGUCAAUGUCCUCUGAAGGGACCCUGCUGGGCUACCUUGGGCUCCCCGCCCAGCUGCCCCUGCUGCUUCUGCUGCGGGCGUGGACACCCAACAUCCCACACCUCCGUCCGCUGCCCAGAGCUGUGGCCCAGCCCAGCCGACUGCUACCAGCGCUGGGUCUGGUUCAACCUGGACCUGCCCGGCCACGGUCCACCACUGAAGGUCCUGUAUGGACACUUCACUCUCACCAUACCCUACCACACAGACUCGGACAUCACACGUGGACAUGUACAGGGGCUCCACAAGCCACUGCCCCUGGUCAUGACCAAGUGGCUGUCCCAGGACAAGUUUUACCUGGCUUUUGACAACUUGCACCCCAACUGCAUCACGGAGAAGCCAUGGAAGAAUGCCCUGCAGGCCUGAACCUCGACCAUGGUGUUGAGCCCCAGCAGGAGAAGCAACAAUUCCUGACCCCAAUACCUUCAUCCACUUUACGGCUUCCAGAGCCCCAAGGAGCUGGCCAGGUAUCUGCUAGUGGUGGACAAAGACCAUACCCACUACCUGAGUUAUUUCUGCUGGCAGGAGACACUGCAGCCUCCAUCCUUCUGCUGGGACCUGAUAUUUUUCGAGGCUUGCUGGAGGCUGCACCAGGAGUCCAGCCACACACAGUGACCAGCAUGGCCUCCUGCUUCACAUGGGCCGACCAGCCUGCAGCCUCACAUGCCAGCCACUUCUGAUUUCAGGAACCUCACCUGCCAGGGACCUCACUUGCUGGGGCCGGGGCCCUGGGGGAGGGGGACUC